AUGCAGAGCUUCGCGCGCGCUUUCCAGAUACCAGUGCCCUUUCGCGUGCGACAGCGACCGCAGGUAACCCUCUUCGGCGAGCAUGGCUUGGGGACUACGGAGAGCAGGGCUGGCAUUGAAAGCUGCUUGCGAACGCUCUGUACCCUGCCUCCAGCCGAUGACACUGGUCGAGUUGGAAGAAUCUCUUCGGGACACUUCGUUCAUAUCCAGUCGUUCCUGCAAAUGCUCGACGUCCAGGAUGGCAGAGUCUAUCCGGAUCUAUGGAGUUUGAGGCCUAGACUCUAUACUCUGCUGCAUGGCAUCAACGCUUUGGCCUACAUGGACGCCUUUGUUAUGAACAGCAUUUACGACAUUAGCCUUCCUUUCGAUGCUUCCACACUGCCUGUCUUCCUGGCUGAUGCUGCUCUGCGAGCCAGCUUUCUUGCCCGCCAAGUGAGCGUCAUCACCGAUGCGCGCCACCUCGAGAGCUCCUCCGAAGAACAUAUUUACUUCAACGGCAGCGCCGAAGAUCACAUCGUUCCUUAUCGAGCGCUUGGGCAUGGCGGGUUUGGCUAUGUUGACGUUGUCAUUUCACGCCUUAGUGCGAAACCCUACGCCCGCAAACGUGUGGCGCGAGGCAGAGACAGUGACGAUAACAGAAGAGUUCAACAGUACCUGGUGGAUGAGAUUCGGCUGAUGAAGAACCUGCGCCAUCGACACUUGACAAAGAUUGUCCAAUCUUACAGCGACUACAAACACAUUGGAUUCCUCAUGGAGCCUAUUGCAGAGUGUAAUCUGCACCAGUUUUUGGCAAAAAGGCCCUUUCCUGAAUCACAUCUCAUGGCGCUGCGCCAGUUUUACGGCUGCCUUGCCAGCGGUGUCGACUAUCUGCAUCAGAAGAAGAUUAGGCAUCGUGACCUAAAACUCGAGAACGUACUUGUGAAGAAUUUCCAAGUGUACAUAGCAGACUUUGGAACGGCAAUGGGCUGGACAGCAUCGAAGCGCGGGACUACGCAAACUCGGGGCGUCCCUGCAACUCCUCACUAUAUGGCGCCCGAGGUGGACAGCAAACAGUCGAGAAAUGUUGCAAGCGACAUGUGGUCCUUAGGCAUAGUGUUCCUUGAGAUCCUCACUGUCUUGAAGGGGCACACUUUCUCCAAGUGGAAGGAUCAUCUCAAGAAAAAGGCGGAUCGUGCCAGGACGGACCCCUGGCCAUGUCGAAAUUUAGGCGCUGUUCAUGAGUGGAUGGCAACGCUGGCCACAACGCAACGACACGAAUGGGUCGACGACGAGUCUCUGGCAUGGAGAGACAAUGAGCCGCUCACUUGGAUCAAGUCACUCCUGGAACCAAACCAGGACGCCCGACUGGGCUCGAGGGCGCUUGUCACGACCAUCGCCGAUUCGAUGUACUUCCGUAGCUUUGCGUGUCCAGAUUGUGCCGAGGACUUCUUGGAUCCCCAUUACCGAUAUGGCGACGGCCAUGAGUGGCCCGAAAUCUCACGCGACGCGAUAGAGGCCGAAGUGACAGCGCUCGUGGGUGCUGGUGCGGCAAUACCAGAACAGAUGGACGAUCGGAAGACCGAGAUGGUCACAAGAUGGUUGGGCCAGACUCAGGAGCAUUUCGACCCUCAGCCCAACGAGGACCCUCGACCUUUUCCCAUGCCCGGUGCAUACACCGACUGGCUCGAGCAGCAAUCUCCAGAGCCACAAGGGUCAGCCCCAGAUUCAGGUUAUGAUUCAGCAUCGCGAGUAGAAGAACCAGGUCGUCCUGACAGCGUCAAGUCACCUACAAAGCAGGCAUUCCACGAUGGUGGCUUUUUCGUCGACCACGAAGACGACUCUUCCGAUGCAACCUCGACGGCUGACGGCCCAGCAGAAACAUAUACACCGGGACAAUUGUUCCCCAUCGUGCAUGAUACAAGCUCGGACAGCUCAGAGGAAGCGAAUCCCAUAGACUCACCCAUGCUUGACCAGAUAGCCGAGGAAGACGAAGAGCCUUGCUUCUCACAAUCGCUUGCGAGGGCGAAUGGGACCAGCCUUGUCCAAGUUCCCGAAGGGCGCGUGGUUCGUUUUCAAGAUGAAAAGACAGUUCGCUACCAGUAUGUGGAAGAGGACAACUCGACCCAGACCGUGGAGCUUUGGCGUGCAGAGCGCGCACUUCCAAUCUCUGGGCCUGUCCUUGAAUUGAAUACAUUGCACCAGGAAGGCCCUCAGCAACAGAAUCAGUCACAAGUCGAGGGAGUCCCACCUGUGCAAGAUCGAAUUGAUCCACCUGCCGUUGCGGAUGUUGCAAUUGGAGACAUGCCGCUUGAUCAGGAAAUGGUACUAAGCUUACUCAAAGCUCCAUCUCAUCUAACCUCCAAACCAUUAAAAAAGCAUGCAAAGCCUCCGGGCAAGCCAAAGGAGCCGUAUCUGUUGCCAUGGCACUCCGAGCCUACGCUGGCCCCAGAGCUCGUACUAAAUCCCACCGAGCGCCGACCGUACAGCCUAUCGAACACAGAACUAGAAGGAUUGCAAGUCGUGGCCCUGUCAACAAAGGCAAUUGAUGACAGCAAGGGCAAACCAAAGAAGAAGUCGAAACAGGUUGCUGAAGCGAAAAAGCCUUGGCCAGAAAAGCUCUCAGCACAGAAUGUCAAUCGCCUCAAUAAAGAGGACAAGGCGAAGCGACGUACGGAGAAACGGUCUUUCGACGAUGACACCUUCACCCCAGCUAGCUUCAUCGAAGCUGCCUGGCAGUCUGCCGAAGCAGCAGAUAGUUUGGCAACGUCAGUCAUGUCGGACACAACUGCCAAGAAGCUGCGCGGCAUCAAGCUAGUAUGGGACGAUAAAGCGUACUCUUACCUUGAGCGCUACACCAAAGCUGGUCGUGUCGCACCUGUUCGACUUCUCUUAGACCAAGGCUGUAACUGUGGAACAGUCUUAAAGCCGAGGCCGAAGCCACUGAUCAAUGCCAUUGAAGGCCGCAGCGCACGACAUAACAAAUGUGUGCGAGCACUCAUCAAAGCAGGCACCAACGUUAACGUGAAGUAUCGCGGCAAGACUCCGAUACAUAUUGCUCUCGAGCAGAGUUACUUUGACGGGUUUCAGAAAUUACUGGCGAUGCUGCUGGCUGCUGGCGCCGAACUGAACAUUCCCGACACGACAGGCGAGUUCCCAUUGACCAAGCUCUUCAAAGGCUCGGCAGGCGAUGUACCGCUCGAGGACUACCAGAAGGAAUGCCUCGGAUUGAUCUUUCACCCCAAAGUGCAAUGCACUGUAGACGCCAAUGUUCGACAGCCUUUCACUCUUGAUACGCCUUUACAUCAAGCAGUGAGACGUCGUACAGCUCAAGCCGUGGCACUCCUGAUCCACAAGGGCGCCGAUGUGAACGCAAAGAAUGCUUCAGGCACUACGCCUCUUCUAAUGGCAGCUAACCAGUGGCGAGGCAAACUCAGCGAUCAGCAAGAACGUAUGCUACGAUACCUGCUCGAUGCUGAGAGCAUUGAUCUUGAUGCCAAAGGUGGGACACUAGGCCGAACGGCUUUGCACCAUGCUGCGGCUGCGGGCUGUGCUGUUGCGUUGGACAUGUUGCUCGAGAGCGGCGCAGAUAAGAGUGUCCAGGAUAAGGAUGGCAAUACUGCGUUGGCGAUUCUGGAGGCUGGUCGAGACGCAGACGCGCCGGCUAAGGAUUUCCAAGUGAUGCUUGAUAUGCUGACGGAAUAG